GAUGCAGGAACCGCCCAUCCAGGCGCAGUCCGCGGACGCAGCUCAGGACGCACCAAACGCGCGCAGCAUCACCCCCGGAGCUGAAGAUGUCCUACAGAUCUGCCCCCCAUUCUUCCUACAAGAAGAUGUUUGGGGGUGAACAAGCUUCGGCCAGAAGCAGCUACUCCAGCCGCCAGUUCUCCAGCCCGGUUCGGUCCAGCCGGGUCUCCUUUGGUCUCUCCUCUGCCCCAGUUUACGCAGUGAAGACGCAGAGGCUCCGGAGCAGCGCCGCCAUGCCCCGGCUGGCCUCCGAGAGCCUGGACUUCUCCCUGCACGACGCCGUCAACAGCGAGUUCCUCACGAACCGGACCAACGAGAAGGCCCAGAUGCAGUCCCUCAACGACCGCUUCGCCAGCUACAUCGAGAAGGUGCGCUUCUUGGAGCAGCAGAACAAGAUCCUGCUGGCGGAGCUGGAGCAGCUGCGGGGCAAAGGCACCUCCCGCAUCGGAGAUCUCUACGAGGACGAGAUGCGGGAGCUGCGGCGCCAGGUGGACCAGCUCACCAACGAGAAGGCGCGCGUGGAGGUGCACCGGGACAACCUGGCGGACGACAUCGAGAGGCUGAGAGAGAAGCUGCGUGAUGAAAUUUCCCAGAGGGAGGAGGCUGAGGCAACCAUGCAAAGCUUUAGACAGGACGUGGACAGUGCUGCCCUGGCUCGACUGGACCUGGAGCGGAAGAUUGAGUCGCUUCAGGAGGAAAUCAACUUCCUGAAGAAGCUGCAUGAUGAGGAAAUGCUGGAGUUUCAGAGUCAGGUGCAGCAGCAGCAACAGCACGUCCAGGUUGACAUGGACGUGGCAAAGCCCGACCUGACUGCAGCUCUGAGGGACGUUCGCCUGCAGUAUGAGAACCUGGCCACCAAGAACAUCCAAGAGUCAGAGGAAUGGUACAAAUCGAAGUUUGCUGACCUCACUGAAGCAGCGGCGAGGAACAACGAAGCUUUGAGGAUGGCCAAGCAGGAGGCCAACGACUACAGGCGCCAAGUUCAGGCUCUCACCUGUGAGGUGGACGCCCUCAAAGGAACUAAUGAGUCUUUGGAGCGUCAGCUGAGGGAGAUGGAGGAGAAUUUCUCCCUGGAGUCUAACGGAUACCAGGACACCAUCGGUCGCCUGGAGGAGGACAUGCAUAACAUAAAGGAUGAGAUGGCCCGUCACCUCCGCGAGUACCAGGACCUCCUAAAUGUCAAGAUGGCUCUAGAUAUUGAGAUCGCCACCUACAGGAAGCUGCUGGAAGGAGAGGAGAGCAGAAUCUCCACUCCUCUGCCAAACUUGUCUUCUCUAAACCUUAGAGAUGCAAUAGUUGACUCCAGAUCCCAACUUGAAACCACAACAACCAAGAAAGUUCUCAUCAAGACCAUCGAGACCAGGGACGGUCAGGUGAUCAAUGAGUCGACCCAGAACCAUGAUGACAUGGAGUGAUGACGCCUUUUCCAAACAGCUGAUGCGAGCAAUAAGAAGAUCCACGUUUCCCCAAUCAAUCCAACGACCACCAGGAGCGUGGAAAGUGCCUUUUACAUGUGAUGAUCCAGUAAGCUUGUUAGUUUCCACACUGUGCUUUGCUUUUUUUCUCUGCUGACAGCACUUUGUCACGUUUGUUUAGAUGGAUUGAUGAACAAACUAUAAAAAUCCUCACUGAGGUCUGCAAAAACAUUUAUUUGUAACCAAAGUGGUAUUUUGAUUGAGCAUGCACUAUGAAGAAGAAGUUCACUAUUUCCUGAAUGCAGCAAUAAACUCUGGAGACUGUAA